ACCGGCGGGUUGUUGCUGUUGCAGAGAGCCGGACUAGAGCAGAACUAACGCGGAAUAACCUGCACCCAAACCCCGGUAGGGUUGACAACCGUCCCUUGAAAGACGGAAUCGUCCCGUAUUUAUAAACUAAAGGAGUUGGGAACCCUAGAGCCCGGAUCCUGACCCGGACUCCGCGGACCGGAGCAGCAUGGCCCCGCUCAGGUUCUGUGCCAACAUCUCGUGGCUGUUCACGGAGCUGCCGGACCUGGGCAGCAGGAUCCAGGCGGCCGCCGCCGCGGGGUUCCGCGCCGUGGAGGCGGCGUGGCCCUACGAGAGCGACCUGCAGCAGCUGCGGGGGGCCGCGGGGGCCGCGGGGGUGGAGGUGGUGCUGCUCAACACGCCGCCAGGGGACCUGCAGGCGGGGGACCUGGGCCUCGGAGCCGUCCCGGGCAGGGAGACGGACUUCAGACGGGGCCUGGACCUGACCCUGGAGUACGCCCGGGCCCUGGGCUGUAAGAGGGUCCACCUGAUGGCCGGACGGGUCCCUGCAGGCGCUCAGAGGGCCGCCGUUGCCUCGGAGAUGGAGGACGUGUUCGUGCAGAACCUCACCUACGCUGCUGACGUCCUGGCAAAGGAGGACAUCACUGGACUGAUAGAGCCCAUCAACACCAGAAUCACAGACCCGCGCUACUUCCUGGACUCUCCUCAGCAGGCGGCGGCCAUCCUGGACAAGGUGGGGAGGACUAACAUCAAGCUGCAGAUGGACCUGUUCCACUGGCAGAUCAUGGGCGGGAACCUGACCCAGAACAUGCACAAGUACUUCCCUCUGAUCGGUCACGUCCAGAUCGCCCAGGUUCCCGGCAGGAACGAGCCCGGCAGUCCGGGAGAGCUGGACUACGGCUACCUGCUGGGCCAGCUGGAGACGCUGGGCUACCAGGGCUACGUGGGCUGCGAGUACAAGCCGCUGGGUUCCACCGAGGACGGUCUGGGCUGGAUCAGAGAGUACUGGGGACGGGGACGGUAGACGCCGCGGCGCGGCCGUCUGGACCAGACACUCGUCACGCUUGUUCCCGCCUCAGCAGGAGCCCACAGGAGACCCGGGGACUCAGAGAGGAUCCAGGCCCGGGACUAGGCCUGGGUUGAAUAAAUCCAUUUUCUGAUUCUAAAUCAAUUCUCAUAUUAAUUCCUAAAAAUGGAUUCGUAUGUCUAAAGAUCGAUUUUUAAAAUUUUUUUAUUUUUAAAUUUAUUUUUUUAUUUUUUCAUUAUUACAACUUUUGGUAUUUUUUUGUUAAUGCCCAAAAAAGGAAUGUUUUGUUGGACAAAAGAAUAACUGGUGCCAUGAUUUUGCCUUUAAAUAUGUUUAAAAGGUAUGAAAACAUUACAGUUUUCAUUUAUAAUUGCAUAAAUUGUCUAUAUUUCAUUACUUUAUAUACUGUCUUGGGGUUACAUUUGCAUAAAAUGCUGAAAAACCAAAUUCUAAAAAAAUUAAAAACCGAAAUAGACCAAAAAUGGAAAAAAUAAAAACGGAAUGUGGGAAAAAAUCUAACUGAUUUCAUCCGUCUCUGUUUCCUCCCUGGAUGUGUUUGGUAAUUCUGACCCACACGAUGUUUCUGUUUCAGUUCUAUCAGCAUUCUGGGAGCUGAUUGGUCCUUACAGCAUCAUUAGCUGCAAUACUUGCUGUUGAAUCUCAAUAUAAUACUAGUAUUAAUAUGUUGCAUAACUACAGUCAUAUCAUUCAUGCAACAGCUGAAAAAACUGUUUUAAUAACACUAACCCAAAUCAAUGUCGGAAUUGAAUAAAAUCGAUUCUGAAUGGGAAUGGAAUGGAUCCCCAGCCGUGGCCGUGACACCUGAAGUCUGAACUGGUCUACGAUGGAAACGCGUUGGUACCAGACCGUGGGCUGCUCUAAACCGCUCCUGGUUCAGUGUCUGAGUUGAUGUCUGCUGGGAACCCACGCGUCAGGUGAAUAAAAUAGUACAAAAACACGUUGUGGUCGUCACCUCAAACAUUCUUAGACUUCGUAAAUCUUAGCAUCUUUUAUUGAGUUAAAAAUACUGACAGUCGUCAGUCUCCGUCUGUACCUGCUUUGUUCUGAGGUUAGUGACAUCAGAGGGGAAACAUUUCUCUUCCGGAGUGACUAUUUACACCCGGGUACAAAUAGCAGCCCCAUCAGCUGAGCUACAGUAGAGCUUUCAUUCUGUCUUGGAAAUUGUCCUAAUUUCUCAAAAUAUCAAAAUCUCUCGCUCAGGUCUGUUUGUUUGUUAGUUGUUAAGUUUUCUACUUAACAAAUAGCAUUACUAAUAGUACUUUUACAAUUAUGUUCUAAUGGACCUUUUGGCUGCUUGUGGGCGGAGCCUAAGGUCUUUCUGUUGCUAGGCAACAUGAAAGGGAACCCCUGCCCUUGGGUGGAGCCUGUGUUCCCCGGUUGCCAGGCAACAUGAACUGAUGACCGACAUGUGACCUCAGCAGUAGUUCUAGUUCUUUAUGACGUCAUCAGUGACAUCACAACAUCUCUGUUGACCUUUUAUGACACAGAACCCAAAAAAAGAAUUUAAAAAUGUGCCCGAGGAACCUGACCUUUGACACUGCAGGGAUAGGAAACCUAUGACACGUGUGUUUGUAAAAAUGUGUGGGAACUCACCAUUUUCUCAAAGCUGUAUGGCUUUUUUAUGGCAAAAUUUGUACUUUUUUUGGUAAGAUUUUUAUGAAUUUUUUCCGUGAAAUUCUAUGACUUGUUCCUGGUUCCAGAAAUUGUGACUUUUUUUUCCAAUAAACUGUAUGACUUUU